AUGCCAGUCGAUGCGAAAAAACUGGUUAAAAAAGCCAGUCAACACCUGAAACCAGUGGAAAAGCUGGAUUGUGAAACCCCAAGAAACACGACAACAGAUGGAGAAACAAUAAAGUUCGACUACAUGUGGGCGACCCAUCUCAGCGAUGAGGACUUUGAAUGGGCGUUUGCUCUUUUCAAAGCAAACAUGUACGAAAUGUACCAUAUGUCACAAUGGGGAUAUGAUGAGAAUUCAAAGCGAAACGAGCUCCGCGCAACAACAUCUCGAUUCAUCAUCGCUCUCAAUUCAAAAGGAGAGAAAAUUGGAUACACAACGUACCGAUUUGUCGUAGAUCACAAUAUUCCAGUGGCUUACUGUUGGGAGCUUCAAAUUCUUCCCGAUUAUCAAAACAAAGGAAUCGGCGGAAUGAUGCUCGACACACUGGAACGUCUCUCCGCGAAAACGAACAUGACAAAGGUGAUGGCGACUGUCUUCCUUUACAACGCUGCAUCGCUCGGAUUCUUCCACAAGCACGGAUAUGUCAGUGACGUUACGUGCCCCUCUGACGAUUCUGGUCUGGAUUACGCGAUUCUGUCGAAAGAGACACCUUCUUCUUGA